AGCGGUGGGCGGGCGGGCGUCCGUCUCAGCCUGCGCGACGCGCGGUCCCCGGCCCCCGGGGAUGCGGGUGGUGGCGGCGGCUCGGCCGGCCGGGUCCGGAGCGGCGCGGAAGCCGGCCGCGGACGCUCCGCCCUCCUUGGCCCGGGACCCAAUCUCCAGGGGCUAAAAAUAUUGCCCCGAGGCUCCUGAGCGGAAUCAGGUCGCGCUAAGUAGGACGCAGGCUGAGGCUGAGGUGACAGAGCUCUUCGGCACCGGGGCCCGAAGAGCAAGAGUCCAGAACGCGGUCCCUCCCACGCACCUUCGGCAGCUAGCGUCCUCCCUCCUCCCGCAGGCAAGUGGGGACCCGCGGGCGGUGGUAGCGGACACUGUGGCACCUCUCCGGUUGCCCCGUUACCAAGCAGCUGUGCCCGGCCUCGGCUACCCUGGGGACUUUCAGGCUUGCCGCUGGCUUCUCAGGAGUCCCUUAAAGCUCUGUGGAAGCCAGGACUGGAAGUUUUGCACUGCAGGAACCGACAGGGAGAGUACUAGAACUGGGUUGUGAAGGAGACGUGCGUGUGGGGGUCAGCAUGAAGCUGAAAAAGCAGGUGACGGUGUGCGGGGCUGCUAUCUUCUGCGUAGCCGUCUUCUCGCUUUACCUUAUGCUGGACAGAGUGCAGCAUGAUCCUGCCAGACACCAGAACGGUGGGAACUUCCCCAGGAGCCAAAUUUCUGUGCUACAGAACCGGAUCGAGCAGCUGGAACAGCUGUUGGAGGAAAACCAUGAGAUCAUCAGCCAUAUCAAAGACUCCGUGCUGGAGCUGACAGCCAACGUGGAGGGCCCGCCAGCCCUGCUGCCCUACCACACAGCCAAUGGCUCUUGGGCUGUGCUCCCAGAGCCCCGGCCCAGCUUCUUCUCUGUCUCCCCCCAGGACUGCCAGUUUGCUCUGGGGGGCCGGGAUCAGAAGCCAGAACUACAGCAGAUGUUAACUGUGUCCAAGGACUUGCCAUUUGACAAUGUCGAGGGCGGCGUGUGGAGGCAAGGCUUUGACAUCUCCUACAGCCCAAACGACUGGGAUGCGGAAGACCUGCAGGUGUUUGUGGUACCUCACUCACACAACGAUCCAGGCUGGAUCAAGACUUUUGACAAGUACUACACGGAACAAACGCAACACAUCCUCAACAGCAUGGCGUCCAAGCUGCAGGAAGAUCCCCGGCGGCGCUUCCUCUGGGCAGAAGUGUCCUUCUUUGCCAAGUGGUGGGACAACAUCAGUGCCCAAAAAAAGGCAGCAGUUCGAAGGCUGGUGGGAAAUGGGCAGCUGGAGAUUGCAACAGGCGGGUGGGUGAUGCCAGAUGAGGCCAACUCCCAUUACUUUGCCUUGGUUGACCAGCUCAUCGAGGGACACCAGUGGCUGGAGAGAAACCUGGGUGCAACCCCUCGCUCCGGCUGGGCAGUGGACCCCUUUGGACACAGUUCCACCAUGCCUUACCUGCUGCGCCGUGCCAACCUGACCAGCAUGCUGAUUCAGAGGGUGCAUUAUGCCAUCAAGAAGCACUUUGCUGCCACUCACAGCCUGGAGUUCAUGUGGAGGCAGAUGUGGGAUCCAGACUCCAGCACGGACAUCUUUUGCCACAUGAUGCCCUUCUACAGCUAUGACGUACCGCACACCUGUGGCCCGGAUCCCAAGAUCUGCUGCCAGUUUGAUUUCAAACGUCUGCCGGGUGGGCGAAUCAAUUGCCCUUGGAAGGUGCCACCCCGUGCUAUUACAGAGACCAACGUGGCAGAGAGGGCAGCCCUGCUCCUGGACCAGUAUAGGAAGAAGUCUCGGCUGUUCCGAAGCAAUGUCCUCCUUGUGCCAUUGGGUGAUGACUUCCGCUAUGACAAGCCCCAGGAGUGGGAUGCCCAGUUCUUCAACUACCAGCGACUCUUUGACUUCCUCAACAGCAGGCCUGAGUUCCACGUGCAGGCCCAGUUCGGGACCCUCUCUGAGUAUUUUGAUGCCCUGUAUAAGAGGACAGGAGUGGAGCCUGGGGCCCGGCCUCCAGGGUUUCCUGUGCUGAGUGGGGAUUUCUUCUCCUAUGCUGACCGGGAGGACCACUACUGGACAGGCUAUUACACUUCCCGACCUUUCUACAAGAGCUUGGACCGAGUCCUAGAAGGCCAUCUGCGUGGGGCAGAGGUCCUGUACAGCUUGGCUGUGGCUCACGCCCGCCGCUCUGGACUGGCUGGCCAGUACCCGCUGUCUGAUUUUGCUCUUCUGACGGAAGCCCGGCGCACACUGGGGCUCUUCCAGCACCAUGAUGCCAUCACAGGGACUGCCAAGGAGGCGGUCGUGAUAGACUAUGGUGUCAGGCUGCUGCGUUCUCUGGUCAGCUUAAAGCAGGUCAUCAUCAACGCUGCUCACUAUCUGGUGCUGGGGGACAAGGAGACUUAUGACUUUGACCCUGGGACACCCUUCCUCCAAAUGGAUGACAGUCGUUCAAGUCACGACGCCCUGCCAGAGCGCACGGUGAUCCACCUGGACUCCUCACCCAGGCUUGUGGUGCUGUUUAACAUGCUGGAACAGGAGCGGCUCAGCAUGGUGUCCCUGCUGGUCAACUCGCCGCGGGUGCGAGUCCUUUCCGAGGAGGGUCAGCCCCUGUCUGUGCAGAUCAGUGUGCACUGGAGCUCGGCCACUACGCUAGUCCCUGAUGUCUACCAGGUGUCGGUGCCUGUCCGCCUGGCAGCCCUGGGCCUGGGCGUGCUGCAGCUGCAGCCAGAUCUUGAUGGGCCCUACACGCUGCCGUCUUCCGUACGCAUCUAUCCAAACGGCGCGAAGCUCUCCAGCAGCAGACAGACAGCCUUCCCUCUCCGUGUCAUGGACUCCAGCGCCGGUGACUUCGCCAUCAGCAAUCGCUACAUGCAGGUCUGGUUCUCCGGCCUUACUGGGCUUCUCAAGAGCAUCCGAAGGGUGGAUGAGGAGCAGGAACAGCAGGUGGACAUGAGGUUUCUCAUCUAUGGCACCCGCACAUCCAAAGACAAGAGUGGUGCCUACCUCUUCCUGCCUGAUAGCGAGGCUAAGCCCUACGUCCCCAAGAAACCUCCUGUGCUGCGUGUCACCGAAGGCCCUUUCUUCUCAGAGGUGGCUGCAUAUUAUGAGCACUUUCACCAAGUGGUUCGGCUGUAUAACCUGCCAGGGGUGGACGGGCUGUCUCUGGACAUAUCACUCCUGGUGGACAUCAGGGACUAUGUGAACAAAGAGCUGGCCCUGCGCAUCCACACAGACAUCGACAACAAGGGCACUUUCUUCACAGACCUCAAUGGCUUUCAGGUUCAGCCCCGGCAGUAUCUAAAGAAGUUGCCCCUGCAGGCUAAUUUCUACCCCAUGCCAGUCAUGGCCUACAUCCAAGAUGCACAGAGGCGCCUCACGCUGCACACUGCACAGGCCCUUGGUGUCUCCAGCCUUGGUGAUGGCCAGCUGGAGGUGAUCUUGGACCGAAGGCUAAUGCAGGAUGACAACCGGGGUCUAGGUCAAGGGCUCAAAGACAACAAGAUCACCUGCAACCGCUUCCGCCUCCUGUUAGAGCGGCGAACCAUGAGCCAAGAGGUCCAGCAAGAGCGCUCUACCAGCUACCCAUCCCUGCUCAGCCACCUGACUUCCAUGUACCUCAACACGCCUCCACUCGUCUUUCCCGUGGCCAAGAGGCAGGUCACCAGCCCUGCCCUGCGCUCUUUCCACCCUCUGGCUUCUCCACUGCCCUGUGACUUCCACCUGCUCAAUCUGCGCACGAUCCCAGCCGAGGAGGACACCUUGCCCUCAGCUGAUGCUGCUCUCAUCUUACACCGCAAGGGUUUUGACUGUGGCCUUGAGGCCAAGAACCUGGGCUUCAACUGUACCACAAGCCAAGGCAAGCUGGCCCUGGGGAGCCUCUUCCAUGGCCUGGAUGUGACAUUCUUGCAGCCAACCUCUUUGACUUUGCUGUACCCUCUGGCCUCACCUUCCAACAGCACUGACAUCUCUCUGGAGCCCAUGGAGAUUGGCACCUUCCGCCUGCGCUUGGGUUAGGGUAGGGCUCCUCGUGGCCUGAAGAGAAAGUUCAUCCACAGAGACUGCCUCCUAACACCAAGAUUGGGUUGGACAAGCUAUACACACCCCGUUCUGCCUCACAACUGUGACAGACUGGGCCCUGCCCUUACAUUGUCUAUUGCUGCUCUCUAUUUGGGACAAGCCACACAUCAGUGGUGGGCGGAUGCCAGUGAGACAGGAGAGAGGAGGUGCUUUCCUUGCAUUGUGAGUAGGUGCCCAGCUGGGCACAGGCUCCGGCUCCAGCUCUGGCUUUUCCCGCUCCCAUCCUUUUCCCAAAAUGGGCUAUAGGAAGAGUGGGAACAAACGGGGUCAAGAAUGCUGAGGGGAACAGCCCAGCGCCAGGUGGCUGCAGGUCUGAGCUAGCUCUAGGGGGAUCUCGUGUGACAUAGACCCCACAUGUCCUGGUCUGAGGCACAGGAGCAGUGGACUGGAAGGAACCCUAUUUCUCCUAAGAGCCUAAAGGCUUUGCUGCCCUCUGUUCCGGCUCUGCUCUAAGUGCCACUGGGCCUGUAUGCCCUGGCUUGGGCCUGCUAGGUGGCAGGAGGAGCUGGGUUGAGACUGUCAAGGCCAGAGGCAAUAGGACACUUGGUGCACCCACAGCGGUUCUAAGCUGGUCAUUCAGUGUGGGUUUGCAGCAAGGGUGUGGGGAGUGUCUCCCACCUGGCCAGCUUUAUCUCACACAUCACUCUCCCCACAAGCUCCCAUCACAGGGUUCCUGGCAGAGCUGGUUUCCCUAGAAGGGAAACGGAUCUUCCAAGACCCCUGUGCUUGGGCGUUGUGGGAAAGCACCCCAUUCUGGGUCCCACCUCAGGCCGAGAAGGUUCACCAUUGUUCUAUCUGCAGAAGUAUCACCUUCCCGGUGUGUGGACUAGGGAGAUGGAGACAAAAUCAGAAGGCCACAUGCUUCGGUAAGACUUCAUUUUUAGCUUCAGUUAACAGAAUUUGUCUAUAAAUGAUGAGAAGAGAGUUGGUAAAAGUGAAACUCCAUCCCUUGUGAAAACUUAGUAAGCCAAGACUAGAAAGAAGCUCCAUCGUCUAGAUAAAGGUCUCUGUCACUAGUAACUAAUGGCACCUAAAGAGUGAACCUAAAGAACACAGGCCUUCUCCUGUGAGUCAGAAACUAGCCAGGAAUGCUAUUAUUUAGCAGUGUCCAUACAGCAGAUGGAGACAAAGAUGAGUGAGAAUUGCCACUGUUUCUAAACCAUAAGCUACCUAAGAAACCUUUGUCAACUGAAGACCCCGCAAGGCAUUCUGUGAAUUGCCCUAUAAAGACUGGUUCUCCCCAGAUCAGCCCAUAAAAUCAAUGUAAUUCCCAUGAGGUUGCCUACUGUUUGGAAUUCAUCUGGAAGAGCACAGGAUGAGGCUAUACAGUAAUUCUGAAUGGCUGCGGUGAUGUAUGGUGGUGGCACCAGUGCUUUGCGACAGCCAGCCAACUGUUAGAACUCUACCCCGGUUUCCAAAAAACUAGGGCUAGAGGAGAAAAGCAAAAGCAAAAGAAUUAUUCAAGGAACUGUAUGUAUGUGAGUUUCACCAUGUAGCUCUGCUGUCCUGGAACUCAUCAUGUAGACCAAGCUGGCCGGAAGUCCCGGAGGCUCCACCUUCCUCUGCCUUCUGAAUGCUACUAAAGGUGUGUGUCAUCACACCCAGCAAGAAAAUAUAUUUUUAUACCUGAUCAGAAAGGUCUUUUCCAGACAUCACAUGAAACCCUACGUCAUAAUGGGGGCGGGGAUGAAAAAUGGGAGUGGAAUCUUGGAAGCAUGCUAUAGGAAAGAGGCUAAAGCCCAGCGGUGCAGGCGGGAAAGUGUCUGCAGUGAGUAUAGUCACUGCAGGAGCAAAGCUUGCUUUGACCCCUCAGCAACUGGCCAUAGGGUCUGCCCAGCAGCCGCCCAAAGAUCCGGCAGUGACCCGGGCUGAGCUCUUGCAGGUCCUCCAGAGUCCAUGCAGGCAGGCUCAGGCCACCUGAAUUCCUAUUUAUGUUUUGCUGAAAGGAAUAAGAUGAUGAGUGGGAAGCUCGUAGCAUAGAGUCCGGGCUGUAGACCAGCUCCACAGUAUGAGCAAAAACACGUUAAGAAAGAACAGGGAGCCACUGACUGUUACAGCAAGUGUUAUUUGCUAGUAUAUGGUUUGUAAUCAAAUGAUAGGGGAAACUCUGAACCCCUAGGAAAUUAGCAAAAUAAAGGUUAUUCCUUGGAGGUCUUA